UGUGAGUUGGGCUCUUUGUUCUGCUCUGCUGCGCAACAUUUGAAUUCCUGAGAACAUGCUUGUGAGGUUUCUUGGAUUUGUGCUUCUGGCUGUGCUUCCAGGAGCGCUGCAUGCACAGGAAGAUCUGUCUUGUGCUCCACCGGUCCUGAAUGGAGGUUAUUUUUCUCCAAAACUAAAUAAAUAUAGUAAAGAAACACUGACUUACUCCUGCGAUACUGGAAAAAAACCAGUGGUGGAGGGUUGGUGGGCAACAGCCACAUGUCAAGACGGCAUAUGGUCUCCUGAGCCUCAGUGUAUUGAUGAACGAUCCUGCAUUCCACCAAUUAUCCCUAAUCGAAAAUACGUAGAAACCCAAAACGGUUGGUAUGAAGAGCGCCACAUAAUUACGGUCCAAUGUGACAAUGGAUAUGAACUGCAAAGUCAAGGCAAAGGCUCAAAUAUAAAGUGUAACAAUGGAAAAUGGUCUCAUCUGCCUGUGUGUGAGAAGAGGCAGAAUGCGUGCGACAUGCCUCCUAAAAUUCGCAAUGCGGUCAUCGUUGGUCAGGAACCCCAGGAGGUGUUUGCUGCCUCUUCUGAACUGAAGUAUGAAUGUGAAGAGGGAUAUGAUACAGGUACAGCAGCCACAAGGAGGAGAGUCGUGUGCCAGGAUGGAACCUGGACUCAAGGCCCAGCGUGCAGACAAGUCAGACCAUGUGGGAUGAAACCAGCUGAUUACGACAAAGACAUAUACCUAUCUUCAACUACGUAUAUCGAAGAGGGAGAAUCAAAGACUUUUCCAUGCCGGUUGCGAGGCUACACUUUUUCUGCUCGGUGCAUCAACAGAAGAUUGGAAACCACCGGCUGUCGACCAUGUGGGAUGGAGCCAGCUGAUUACAAGGGAUACAUAAACCUAUCUUCAACUACUUAUAUCGAAGAGGGUAAAUCAGAGUCUUUUCCAUGCCGGUGGCAAUACUACACUUUUUUUGCUCGGUGCAACAACAGAAGAUUGGAAACCACCGGCUGUUGUUACAACGACUACAUACAAUAUGAAGGCAACUGUGUGUUUUCAAGAGUGUAACAACUGCUGGAUUUUGGCCCCGUCACUGCUGAUGGACGUCUACAUUUAGAACAAUGGAAUACAAACAUCCACGUGUAUUUGUGUGGAAGUACAUCUCACUGCCCAAGUACUAAUAAAGGUAAUAAUAAAUAUAAAAAAGGCAUGGUCCAGUGUUCUCAUCUGAAGUAAAAUGAGAAAUAAAAAAUGUGCUGCUGCCGCCUGAGCUGUAGCUGCAGCGUCACCAAGUAACAAGCAUGACGAAACGAAAUAAAGAAAAACUCCUGCAGUCACUCUCAUGUGUACUUUGAUAUUAUUGUUUUUGCAGUAUCCAAGAUAUCCCAAGAUAUUUCACGCUUUUUCAUGUCAACUAUAAAUAAUUAGCAGCUGUUCAUUUUUGCAUUUCAGGCCUUCAAUAUAAAACAGUUU